GCUUAUGAACAGAAGUACAUUGUGAAGAAUUAUUUCUUCUACUACCUGUUCAGAUUCUCAGCCGCUCUGGGCCAAGAAGUAUUCUUCAUCACGUUUCUUCCAUUCAUUUACUGGAAUGUUGAUCCUUUUUCAGCCAAAAGACUGAUUGUCAUAUGGGUGCUGGUGAUGUACGUUGGCCAAGUGGCCAAGGAUAUUCUGAAGUGGCCUCGCCCAUUCUCCCCACCUGUGGUGAGGCUGGAGCGGAGGGUGAUGGCCGAGUACGGGAUGCCAUCGACCCACGCCAUGGCAGCCACCGCCAUUUCCUUCACACUGCUCAUCUCCACGAUGGACAGAUACCAGUAUCCUUUCAUUUUGGGACUGAUGAUGGCUGUGGUGUUUUCCACCUUGGUGUGUCUCAGCAGGCUCUACACGGGGAUGCACACGGUCCUGGAUGUGCUAGGUGGUGUUCUCAUCACCACGGUCCUCAUCGUCCUGACCUACCCCGCCUGGACGUUCAUGGACAGCCUGGACUCGGCCAGCCCCCUGUUCCCCGUGUGUGCCCUGGUGGUGCCCUUUGUCCUGAGCUACAAUUACCCAGUGUCCGAGUUCUACAGCCCCACCAGGGCUGACACCACCACCAUCCUGGCUGCCGGGGCCGGCGCCACCAUCGGAUUCUGGAUCAACCAUUUCUUCCAGCUGGUGUCGGAGCCCACCACCGCCCCCGGUGGCCUGGGACCCACCACGGAGAACGUGCUGACGCUCACUCCCCACCAAGUGCUGUUGGGGCUGGGCAGGUUCGCGGUGGGCAUCGUGCUGAUCCUCGGGGUCCGACAGCUGGUGCAGAGGCUGUCGCUGCAAGUGCUGUUCUCCUGGUUCAAGGUGGUCACGAGGAACAAGGAGGCCCGGCGGCGGCUGGAGAUUGAGGUGCCUUAUAAGUUCGUCACCUACACGUCGGUGGGGCUCUGUACCACCACCUUCGUGCCCAUGCUGCACCGGGUGCUGGGCUUGCUCUGA